UCCCCGCAAUGUUUCAGAUAACGAUUUCCCUAAACAUUUGUCUGUCUUUGGUAGCGAUUGCAUUAUGCAGUUGUCCUUGCAAGAAGAACUUAGAAUACUACAACAUCUGUAUGAAGUCAGCCCAAAACAGCAACAACGCAUGUGGACUACACCUAACGGAAUAUGACACGUGUACGAAGGAAAGAUAUACGCAUUUGGAAUCUAAAGUUGAAUCCAUUGAGCGCUCUCUAAAUAGAAAAACUCAUCAUGUCUCAUUUAUGGCGAACCCUUCAGGCAAUGUGAAAGUCGUCAAAGGGACUCUAAUUUUUAGCAACGUUCUCACAAAUAAGGGAGGAGCCUACAACGGCAAGACUGGUAUCUUUACCGCCCCCGUAUCUGGGUCAUACUUCUUCAUGGUCACAUUUGGACUUCCAACCCCAUCCGGCUCUAAGGGCUCUGACUACAUAAGGAUGCAGAUAAUAAAGAACGGAAAAAUGAUCGGGUACUUAUUCAUCGGCACUGAAGGUGUAUGGAUCAAAAGAUCAGAAAAUACCUUGAUAGAUCUUUCAAAAGGGGACAAAGUAAAACUGUCCAUCAUUACCAUUGGUACUGGGUUUUCCUACAUUGCGGGAGGCUAUCGUUCGCACUUCUCGGGAUUUCUAAUCAACUGAAGCAGUUAUACAUGUAAUUCGAAAUAUUUUAAUAAAUUCGUACA